UGAAAAAAAAAAAAAACAAAAACAUAACAGCGCUAAACCUAAAACACUGAGACGAACAACCGCCCUCCAUUCCCCGUUUCUGAGCCGGCCCACUCUGCCUCGCCUCCAGCCUCCCUUAGCCGCUGCUAACCUCCUGCCCCGAGAGGCGCAGCCUCCGGACGCACGUUCGACAGUCGCGCAGAUGGUCUAGUCACGCUUCCAGCCGCGACAACUCUCCUCCCGUAGGUCCUAACUGGUUCCGUUCUCGCCUCCAGCCGCCGACAGCACACCUUCCGCAGCCCCGCUGGUCCAGUCGCGCAGCACACCUCCCGCAGGUCCCAAUCUUGAUUCAGAAGAGGAAGAAAUUGAACUUUCCUCUGUAUGAUUGGCUGACAGGAGCUAGCUGCUUCACAAAUACAGAAGGUCUUCUGCGAUUGGUUUGCCUUCAUGCUUCCACUGUCCAACACAACUACUAAGCAAGCAUUACUUGGAACAUGCACUUUGCAUAACUUCAUUGGCCACUGCACCAUCUGCUGUAAUAUUGAACAAAAGGUGGCUUUGUUAUAGAAAGAACUGUAGCAGCACCCACCCUUUAGUUUUAAUGUAUUAGUAAUAGACAACCAAUAAAGUCACAAAUUCUGAAUCAAAUCUUUUUGUUCCUCAUACCCUCAUUGAUCAAAAGCCCAAAACUACAGACCUAAUAAAAGAACCCUUCUUAUGUUUAAUUUUCUGUUUUUGGAAUCAUUCCCAGCUAGAAGUACAGUACACCACCAACGUGAUUAAUCCUUUCAGAUAGAACCCUAAAUUUAUAUAUACAGCCAUUGAUAAAAUAACAGUGAAACACUAAGUGUGCUUGAUUUUUGACAUUUGAUCAUUGGUCAUGAAACGAGGAUACUCUUAUUCCCCAUCGAGCUCUGCUGGUGAUGGCCCACCUAAGUCAAGAGUCAAAUAUACUCCUGAAGGUGAUGCACAUUUUUCCGAGGAUUUUGUUCAGAAGGUAGCUGACCAUUACAGUGCAAGGACAAAUCAGACUCUGGAAGAACGAGAAGCGAGUCCAAUUAUUCAUUUAAAGAAACUUAACAACUGGAUAAAAAGUGUCUUAGUUCAACUUUAUGCUCGUCGAGGGGAUGCUGUUCUUGAUCUUGCUUGCGGCAAGGGUGGUGAUCUUAUCAAGUGGGAUAAAGCAAAAAUUGGCUAUUAUGUUGGCAUUGAUAUUGCUGAAGGAUCGAUAGAAGAUUGCCGCACACGUUACAAUGGCGAUGCUGAUCAUCACCAGCGUCGAAAAAAGUUCUCUUUUCCUGCCCGCCUCAUAUGUGGGGAUUGUUAUGAGGUUCGCUUGGACAAAGUAUUGGCAGAUGAUGCACCUUUUGAUAUCUGCAGCUGUCAGUUUGCUCUGCAUUAUUCCUGGUCUACUGAAGCACGUGCUCGAAGAGCCUUGGCCAAUGUAUCAGCCUUACUUCGUCCAGGGGGCACCUUCAUUGGAACAAUGCCAGAUGCAAAUGUUAUUAUCAAAAAACUUAGAGAAGCUGAAGAACUUGUCUUUGGUAAUAGUGUCUACUGGAUACGUUUUGAUGAAGAUUACUCUGAAAAGAAAUUUAAAUCUUCUAGCCCCUAUGGUAUAAAAUACAAGUUCCAUCUGGAGGAUGCCGUUGACUGUCCUGAAUGGAUUGUCCCUUUUAAUAUCUUCAAAUCAUUGGCAGAAGAGUAUGAUUUGGAGCUGGUUUUUGUGAAGAAUGCACAUGAAUUUGUUCACGAGUAUUUGAAAAAACCAGAAUACAUUGACUUGAUGCGAAGGCUUGGUGCUUUGGGUGAUGGUAACCAAGACCAGAGCACAUUAUCGCCAGAUGAAUGGGAAGUAGCAUAUUUAUAUUUGGCGUUUGUGUUGAAGAAGCGCGGGCAACCAGACAGGAUGCAAACUAAUUCUAGACGAGACAAAGGAAAGAUGCAUAUAUCAAAGGAGGACAUCAUGUACAUUAACAGCGUGUAAUGUAAUGAGACGAGCAAAUAUGUAGGAUCUGAAUACAAUAACAAGGGUUGUGCUUUUCAGGGGGGGGGGGGGGGGUUAGGUCCGAGCAGCUCCCUUGCGUUGAAUGAUAAAGAUAGGCAUCUGCUGGGCAUGUUUCGUAAGCCCUCUUAAAAAUCCAUGUUACUCAAUUUUGUAGAUGCAAGUAACAAGUACUGAUGAUCAUUGGUGCCAUUUUUACACGUUUAUUUUCUCGGGUCAAGAAGUAUAAAAUAGUUGAGCAAGGAAAAUUGACUGAUGGCAAUAAUGUGGUGCAUGAGUAGCAUAAUAACAAAUUUCAUCUGUAAUUUUCUUAUUGAACUGUAACUGUAAUGAGAAUGAUUCCAGCAGUCAUAAGGCACGUUCUUUGUGAAUAAUGGAAUUGGUUUACAGGUGAUAUGAAUGGUUCAA